GCUCGUCGGGGUGCUGGUUCGCGGGGGGGAGGGGGGGGGGUUCUGCUUGUGGCUCUCUGCUGGAUGGGCUUGGGCUGGUGCAGAGAUGCCCUGCCGGCCCAGGCCAGGCGGGCGCACGCUGCCAGGGACCAGAGUUCCACAGGGCCGAGCGGUGGUGCGCGGCUGCCGGCCUCCGGGCCAUGACGCCGAGCUGGCCUCCGCGCGGGCCCGCCUGGAGCGCUGCUCCGCACGCCUAGAGGAAGAGCUGCUGCUGCUGCACCGCUGGGCGGAGGGCGCGGGGCUCCUGGGCGGCGGCGAGGCGCAGGGCAGCGACGGCCGCGGCGUGGUGCUGGAGGUGGCGCCGGGCGUCGGGGGCGCGGAGGCCGCCCUGUUCGCAGGGGAGCUCUUCGAGAUGUACGAGCGGCUGGCCGAAGAGCGCGGCUGGACCUUCGAGUCGGAGGGCAACGCGGGGGGCUCGCAAGGCUACACCGCCAGGAUCUCCAGCGCCCCCGGCGCCGACGAGGACGGCCCUUUCGGCUGGCUGCGGUGGGAGGCUGGCGUGCACCGAGUGCAGCGGAUUCCCGAGACGGAGAAGAAGGACCGGAUGCAGACGUCGGCGGCGACGGUGGUGGUGCUGCCCAUGGCGGAGGAGGCGGAGCUGUCGUUUGCACCCGGUGAGGUGGUGAUGGAGGUGAGCAAGAAGUCUUCCGGGCCAGGCGGUCAGAGCGUCAAUGCCUCUCACCAGGCAAUCCGGGCGAUCCACCUGCCUACGGGGAUGAGCGUGCGGUGCGUCGCGUCGCAGUCGCAGUUUGAGAACCGCAAGGGCGCCCUUGAGAUGCUGCGGACGCGGCUGCUCGCCAAGCAGCAGUCCGCCAAACACCGCGAGACCUCGAGCAGCCGGAAGGAGCAGAGGGGCACCGGGGACCGCUCCGAGAAGAUCCGGACCUACAAUUUCUCGCGCGACGACGUGAUCGACCACCGGCUCGGGAAGGGCGACGCGCGGAGCGCCUCCGACGUGCUGUUCGGCGCCGGCCUCUGCGCUCUGCUGGAGGAGCACCGGCUCCGCGCGCGCGCGGCCCGCGCCGCGGACGCCGUCGAGCUGCUCUGCGCGCGGCUGUGCCCGGAGUGAUGGGCCCCCCUCCCCCCUCCCUCCACCCCCUUGCGCGCGCCGCCGGCAUCGAGUGCUCAGAGGUGACCCUGGCCAAGGCCCAGACCUCCUGCUCGCAAUGGUCUGCCGCCGGGGGCUCUCGCCAGGCCCUGGGGCCGUCAAGAAACGGCCCAGGAUGAGAAGCGGGGAAUGGUUGCGGACCUCUGGGGGUCUACGUCGUGAAAAGAUCAUGGCGUGGAGGGUCUGAGGAGAAGGCCAUGGCCCAAAGCCGGCCACAGCCUUCCCCAGGCAGUUCCAGAUCUCAGACGACCAGGUCACCUCAAUGAGCGCGAAGAUAGUCGCGAUGCGCGCAUCACGGACUGGGCCAGAGAUGCGCCCUUGCGAGGGUGCAAAGAUAACCGCGCUUCGUGGGGCGCGAUGCGCUAUGCUUAGUGACUCAGAGCGAGCUCCAGCGCACCUCUCUCGAGACUCAGCCUCAGGGGCCUCAGAAUGGCAACGAAGUGAUGGGGACACUUUGGUUGUCUUCAAUCUUCUUAACAGUAUUAAUCGGCCUCACUCCUGGGCUUAACCCGGUUUACUCAGCUGAAUGGACCUUGUAUUGGGUUGCUUAAUCCAGCUGGUUUAGCUUUGAAUCGUCCUUACGCAGACCUCACAAGAGUUGCCUCCGAACCUCUGGCACCCCCCAGCGCCAGGCCUGGCAGGAGGCGCAGCCGCGGAGCUGCUCCUGCCCCCCGCCGAUCGGCACCCGCCCGUGCGCGGCCCUGCUGGCGGAGCGCCGGCGUUUCGCGCGCGCGCGGGGCGCGCCGCGGGGGCCGUCGAUCAGGGGCAGCGCCAGGCCCAGACCCCCUCGCGUUGCGAAA